GCGAGCGAAACACGACACCCAGAGCUCCGACAGAGGCACUGGGGGAGGAGAGAGAGUCGCGUUGUGUGAGUGAGUAGAAGAAUAAAAAAAGUGUGGAGAAAGAGAGAGGUAGCCGUCUCGUUUCGGAAUUUAACAGAGAAGAAAUCAUUUUGGCCGCGAGAUGUCUAAUAACGACGAAGAUGCGGUCGAGGCGGAGUAAACGGCGACAGGACAGUUGAGUGAAAGUAGUUGUAAACAAGCGAAGGGACGAAGGGUUUGUUGGUUGUUCGGAGGAGUCGGGACGGCUGUACGCUUUUCCGCUACAACUUCUUCGGCGGAUUGAACGCUGUGUCUGGACAGCGAGGUCUCGGCCGUUCAACUCAGUGGAAACAACCUGUCGGUGGGCUGAGGACAGGGUUAGCGAGGGAAGAGGCACCCAGGCGGCAGAAACUUUAUUUGAGCUUCCUCGACGACUUCUUCUUCUUCAUUUGGAUCCAAAGGCUGAGACCAGACCGACUUUUUGUUCUCCAAGUCUCCGGAGGAAUUCUCCCGACACUCUUCGGAUCCUUGCCUGCAGUCUGACUUGAUCAAAACAAUGAAGACCCCCGGAGACACUGGUUUCGCCUUCCCAGACUGGGCCUACAAGCCCGAGUCGAGCCCCGGGUCCCGGCAGAUCCAGCUGUGGCACUUCAUCCUAGAGCUGCUGAGGAAGGAGGAGUACCACGACGUCAUCGCCUGGCAGGGUGACUACGGGGAGUUCGUCAUCAAGGACCCCGACGAGGUGGCCCGUCUCUGGGGGGCCCGCAAGUGCAAACCGCAGAUGAACUACGACAAGCUGAGCCGUGCACUGAGGUACUAUUACAACAAGCGCAUCCUGCACAAGACCAAGGGCAAGCGCUUCACCUACAAGUUCAACUUCAACAAGCUGGUCCUGGUCAACUACCCCUUCAUCGACGUGGGCUCCGGAGGCAGCGCCGUCCCCCAGAGCGCCCCGCCCGUGCCCACCAGCGGCAGCUCCCACUUCCGCUUCCCCUCCACGCCCAGCGAGGUGCUGUCGCCCAAUGAGGAGCUGCGCAGCCCUGGGGGCGUGUUCGGGGCGGUAGCGCGCCGCAUGGGCCGCGGCUCCGUCAGCGACUGCAGCGACGGCACCUCCGUCAACUCGGAGAUCGAGGAGGGCAACGGGGGCGUGGCCGAGGAGCGCGGCGGGGAGAGGGGCCUGAGCGGGGGAGGGGGCGGAGGAGUGGGGUUCAGGGGCCUGAUCCACCCGCGCCUCUCCCACGAGUCCCUCCUCCGCAUGUACGGAGCGGGGAACCCCGCCGGCCACCACGGCUCCCGGGGCCCGCACAGGGGCCACCAGGAGCCCAUCUCCCCCUUCCCCGUGUCGCCGCUGCCGGGGCCCGGGGGCUCCGGCCUGCUGGCCCCGCCCCUCUCCCCGGCGCUCUCCAUGACCCCCUCCUCCCACCUGCCCUACACCCCCUCCCCCACCCUGUCGCCCAUGCUGGGCUCCCACUUCUCCUUCAACCCCGAGGACAUGAAGCGCUACCUGCAGGCCCACACCCAGUCGGUGUACAACUACCACCUGAGCCCCCGCGCCUUCCUGCACUACCCCAACAUCGUCAUCCCCCAGCCCCACCGGCCCAGCGCGGACAAGGCCGCCGAGAGGGAGAGGGAGAGGGAGAGGGGGGGAGGACUGGGCGAGAGGGGCGAGCGAGCAGCCGCAUUGGCCGGAGGCGAGAGGGAGCGAGAGAGGGAGCGAGACAGAGAGCGCCACCCGCAGCACCCGUCUCUGGCGCACGUGGCCCUCCAUCACCACCACCACCACCCCCACCAUCACCCGCCGCACUCGGCCCACCCGCACCCCCACCCGCACUCCCACCCCACGCACCACCCGCUGCACCUGGGGGAGGAGGCGGCGCACAUGUCCCCCUUCAAGUUCAAGCUGCAGCCGCCGCCGCUGGGCCGCAAGCAGCGCGGGGACGGCCAGGGGUCCGGCCGGCAGGGCUCCAUGUCCUCCGCCUCCGGGACCUCCACGUCGGGCAUGGGCUCCUCGCUGUCCUUCGGCAGCGACCUCAGCUCGGCCGGCGGCUCGGGCCUCGUGUCGAACUCCUCGUCCACGCAGUCGCUCAACAGCGCCGGGCUGCCCAAGAUCAAGGUGGAGCCCAUCUCAGACAUCGAGUCAGAGGAGGAGGUGGAGGUGACAGACAUCAGCGAGGAGGACCCCGACGAGGACUAUGAGCUCUUCUCCGCCCGCCAUGUCCGGGGCGGCCCCGCCCACCGCCUCAACCACACCCACCCCCACCUCGCCAACGGCAGCGCCCUGCACCACCACCACGGCGGCCACAACAACCACCUCCCACACCACCCCCACCUCCAGCUCAACCACCACCACGGGUACCAGCCCCACCAGCAGCACCACCCCCUCCCCCACCACCCCCUCCCCCACCACCACCACCACCCCGACGACGACCUGGACGAGGACGUGUUCAAGGCGCCGGCCCCGCCCCCGCCCGGCCUCUCGCCCUUCGCCGUGUCGCCGCACCGCGCGCCCGCCCCCUUCACCCCCAGCGCCAUCGCCCCCGUCACGGCGGCGGCCAUCAAGAGCGAGCCGGCCGAUUCCCCGCCGCCCACCCAGUGCAUCCCGCUGAAGCUGCGCUUCAAGCGGCGCUGGAGCGAGGACCAGCGCAUGGAGACCUCGUCCCAAGAGGAGUCGGACGACAAGAAGGUGCGCGCCGAGCAGGAGAGGCAGCGGAACGGCGCCCGGUUGGAUACCAAGGAGGAGGAGGACAGCGGCCGGAGGCGGAGGGAAGGAGGAGGAGGAGGAGGAGGAGGAGGAGGAGGGGGGGAGGACGCAGACAGCCCGCCCCCCCUGGUGUACGAGGGGUCUCUGGCCCCGCCCCCGCUGCUGGCGUCCCACCGGAGGGUGAGCGCCGAACUGCACCGCGCCACGGCCCAGCUCUCCCUUGAGAACAAGACCUGCUGAUGGGACACACACACACACACACACACACACACACACACACACACACACACACAGCCCAAACACUAAUGUCCCGGGACCACUGCUGAACCCCUGAGACUCCUUCACACACACGCACACUCCUCACACACCGACCGGCUAAGCAGGGCUCUCCUCCCCUCCUGGACUAGUAACCCCCCCCCCUCCUCCGGCCAGUGCAUCUGCAAACAAAAAAACUAAUGUCUAAGUCCCGCCCACUCCAGCACCUCUCCUGCCUUGCAGACCCCGUCAUUGGUGGGGGUCACCUAUCAGUCUCUCCUCAGGGGACCUGCCGCUCAGUCUCUGUAGAGACGACAGGGUUUUGAUCAAAGUGCCUGUAUCUAAAACACACAUGAUAAUGAUGAUGAAGUGAUGACCAAGAGUGGAGUUACGUGGGAGGGCUGAUUGUCUGUUACCACGUAAGCCUCCUUGGACAUACGGAGGGGGGGGAGCUGUUUUGCUUAGAACAACUGACAAGACCCACUCCACUCAGGGAAGCCAAUCGCAGCUCACUUACUGGAUGGACACGCCCCCACAGCGCCCAACCAGUGGCCAGGGAAUGGAACUUGAGACCGUACCGUUAAGAGAA